AUGUGUAACUGGAUCUGCACCUUUGAGCGAUGCCCAACGUGCGAUGCCUGGAAGAAGAUCACCUCUGUAGAUAUCCUAUGUGUAACCAUGGCCGCAAUUCGCGGAAAUCCUCAAUUUUGCGAUAACUACCGAGAUUACGAUAAUAUAAUUGUAGGGGAAUCACCAUGCGAGACAUGUAACAACAAGAAAGAUGUUGAGAAGGAUAUGAUUUCUUUUUUGGAAGCGUUAGAUGAAAUCCCAGAUGUACCUUCACCUCCGGAUUUAGGUUCUCUCCCACAAUCAAACUCGUUCACGUACUCGGAUUCGGAGUAUGGUGAUGAUGAGGAGUUUGGAGACGGAGAUGAUACGUCUAAAAUGUACAUUCUUGGGAAAGCGGUUAGUAUGUCAAUGACAAGUUUGCCGGAUGAUACAACUGAAAUGUACACUCUUGGGAAAGCGGUUAGCAUUUCGAUGACUAAUAUAUCAAUCACGAAUAGGACUGAUGAUGCUGUAGAAAAGGUAUCAGAAGAGGCUGUAGAAGAAGCUGUAGAAGAAGCUGUAGAAAAGGUAUCAGAAGAGGUAUCAAAAGAAGACAGCGACUCAGACUCAGACUGGGAGAGCAUUUCCAGUUUUUCAGAAGUCUCAGCUCGAUCAUCUGAAUAUCACUAUGAGCCCAUGGGAUUUUCCCUGAGAGGCGGAGUCCAGCUCGACGAUGAAGACAUGUUUGAGAUUGAGGAUAUUUUUCGUGAUGAGGGGUCUAUUCAACAAGCACCACGUGUCUCUUACCCACUUUGUCAUAAGAGAAUCGAGGAGUUGAGAAAAGAUUUAUAUUAG